UUGUUGUUUAAAUUGUUAGGUUAUGUGGCAAGGAUAAAUCAGAACAGUAGAAGUACUUAAUUUUUUUUUAGUUAGCUCUAAACUCCACGCAGAAAAUUGGUCUUCCUUCAAUGCCAUACAUCUCUAUCGAAACAACGGUAUACGACAUGUCUCCAAUCCGACAUUUGCCUGUGAUCUUCGUGAACGGUGUUCCGGGCGCUGGCAACCAGACAGUUGCUCAGACAAUCUCCAAUAUCACAGGAUAUGCAAUGAUCAAACCUGGCGAGUUGCUUCGCCAGGAAGCAGAUAAGGAUACUACAAGAGGACGUCUCAUAGCGGACACAAUACAGGCUCAGGAAGAACUUCCUGAGCAAUUAACAGUGGAUUUGAUAAAAGAAGCAAUGUUGAUGCAACAGGAUGCCAAAGGUUUCAUCCUGGUCGGCUUCCCCAGGAACUCGAAAAUGUCGAAUAUGUUCAACCACCAAGUUAAAUGGCCUGAGAAGAUCGUAGCUCUAGAGGUUGAUGAUGAGCUAGCAGCAUCACGACUGCAGAGUCGUCUGUCGGAGCUGGGUCGACCAGAGUCAGAGAUCAAUGCUGCGAGGCAGAUAGUCAAGGAGGCCGCUUAUAAAGUCAAGAAUGUGCAUAAGAGGUUUGGAGCCCAAGUCGUCACACUGGAUAGUAGCAAGAAUCCAAAUACGCUUGCGUCGACUCUAAAAGAAAUCCUAUCAGACACUAUUGAGAUGGGCAAGAAACUAGAAUCCGCUGAGCCCCCCACCGCUUCGUCAGCCCCAGCUGUAGUUAUCUCUACGACUUGUCCCAUGACUGUGAGCUCCGUAGCCGCUAGCUUCUCAACUCCCAUAGCCCCCGUUGAUGAACCCCCGGUCGGGGAUGUGCCGGAGGUAGUAAUGAAGGAAGAUGAACCGUGACAGAUUGAUAUUUUGUAGUUUUAACUUGUAUGUGUUUUGAUUUUUGUUAUUACAAUGUUACUGUUGCUAUUACAUCUUAUAA